UUCUUUUCUUGUUUUCUCCCCUCUCUUCCACUUAUCCCCUCCCACCUCCAUCCUCUCCAGGCUACCUCUCGAGAGAGGAGUGUAAACUUGAAGAAGCUGGGCUUUGGGGGGUUAAGAGCUUGGUUGGCAUCACCGCCGUGCAGCCGACAUGCCUGAACAAAGCAACGAUUACAGGGUGGUCGUGUUCGGAGCGGCGGGGGUCGGCAAAAGCUCCUUGGUGCUCCGCUUUGUAAAGGGGACUUUCAGGGAGACCUACAUCCCUACGAUCGAGGAUACCUACCGGCAGGUGAUCAGCUGCGAUAAGAGCAUCUGCACCCUCCAGAUCACCGACACCACGGGGAGCCACCAGUUCCCUGCCAUGCAGAGGCUCUCCAUAUCCAGGGGACACGCUUUCAUCUUGGUCUACUCGGUCACCAGCAGGCAGUCCCUGGAAGACCUUCAGCCCAUCUUUGAGCAGAUUUGUCAGAUCAAAGAGGACAUCCACAAAAUCCCCAUCAUGCUGGUGGGCAACAAGAGCGACGAGACCCAGCGGGAGCUGGACGCCAGCGAGGGGCAAGCCUUAGCCAGCAAGUGGAAGUGCUCCUUCAUGGAGACGUCGGCCAAAAUGAACUACAACGUGCAGGAGCUCUUCCAGGAGCUCUUGAAUCUGGAGAAGAGGAGAACUGUCAGUCUCCAGGUGGAUGGGAAGAAAGCCAAGCAGCUGAAAAAGAAAGACAAGCUGCAAGGCAAGUGCUCUGUUAUGUGACUGCCUUUGGCUGGACUUGGGUGGUGUCGUCAGAGGAGGGACUCCCCCACGGAAGACACAUCUCUGCUGGAGGUUUCAGAUGAAUCCAUCCCUUACAGGGCUGUUGCUUUG